GGCGACCGCACCCGGAGAGUUUUCCGCCCCGCGGGCUCCUCCGGCCGUACGUAGACGGGUCGCUCGCUGGUCGGGAGCCGGGAAAGCGACAGUGGGAAGGAACUGCAAGUCGAGCUCAUCGCCGGGUCCCCGGUGCCAGUCGAGAAUUCCAGGAGGAUUAACAGCAGGGCAGUUCCCUCAACGCUUGUCUGUGCUUCGUGUCCUCUAACCAGGCCAGCCAGCCUUAACCAUGAGCUACCCAGGCUACCCUCCACCUGCUGGUGGUUACCCUCCAGCGGCUCCAGGUGGCGGUCCCUGGGGAGGUGCCGCCUACCCUCCUCCCAGCAUGCCCCCCAUCGGGCUGGAUAACGUGGCCAACUACGCAGGGCAGUUCAACCAAGACUACCUCUCAGGCAUGGCAGCCAACAUGUCUGGGACGUUUGGAGGAGCCAACGUGCCAAACUUGUAUCCCGGAGCUCCUGGGGGUGGCUAUCCUCCCGUCCCCCCUGGUGGCUUUGGGCAGCCCCCUCCGGCCCAGCAGCCUGUCCCUCCCUAUGGAAUGUAUCCACCCCCAGGGGGAAACCCACCCCCUGGGAUGCCCUCAUAUCCAGCACACCCAGGGGCCCCUGUGCCUGGCCAGCCCAUGCCACCCCCUGGACAGCAGCCCCCAGGGGCCUAUCCUGGACAGCCUCCAAUGACCUAUCCUGGACAGUCACCAAUGCCACCCCCUGGGCAACAGCCAGUGCCAAGUUACCCGGGAUACUCAGGAUCCAGUACUGUCACCCCUGCUGUGCCUCCAGCCCAGUUUGGAAACCGAGGGACCAUCACAGAUGCUUCUGGAUUUGACCCCUUGCGAGAUGCUGAGGUCCUUCGGAAGGCCAUGAAGGGCUUUGGCACGGAUGAACAGGCCAUCAUCGACUGCCUAGGGAGCCGUUCUAACAAGCAGCGGCAGCAGAUCCUCCUGUCCUUCAAGACAGCCUAUGGCAAGGAUUUGAUCAAAGACCUGAAAUCAGAACUGUCAGGAAACUUUGAGAAGACUAUCCUGGCCUUGAUGAAGACCCCGGUCCUGUUUGAUGUCUAUGAGAUAAAGGAAGCCAUCAAGGGGGCCGGUACUGAUGAGGCCUGCCUGAUUGAAAUCCUCGCUUCCCGAAGUAACGAACACAUCAGGGAGAUAAACAGAGCCUACAAAACAGAAUUCAAAAAGACUCUGGAGGAGGCCAUUCGAAGUGACACAUCAGGACACUUCCAACGGCUUCUCAUCUCUCUCUCUCAGGGAAACCGUGAUGAGAGCACGAACGUGGACAUGUCCCUUGUCCAGAGAGAUGUCCAGGAGCUGUAUGCAGCCGGGGAGAACCGCCUAGGAACAGAUGAGUCCAAGUUCAAUGCGAUUCUAUGCUCCCGGAGCCGGGCCCAUCUGGUGGCAGUUUUCAAUGAGUAUCAGAGGAUGACGGGGCGAGACAUUGAGAAGAGCAUCUGCCGGGAGAUGUCCGGGGACCUGGAGCAGGGCAUGCUGGCUGUGGUGAAAUGCCUGAAGAACACCCCCGCCUUCUUUGCUGAAAGGCUCAACAAGGCUAUGCGGGGAGCAGGAACAAAAGACCGGACCCUGAUUCGCAUCAUGGUGUCUCGCAGCGAGUUUGACCUCCUGGAUAUCCGAGCAGAGUAUAAGAGGAUGUACGGCAAGUCGCUGUACCACGACAUCACGGGAGACACUUCUGGGGACUAUCGGAAGAUUCUACUGAAGAUCUGUGGUGGCAACGACUGAGCUCAGGGUCCUCACUUCUGCCCCCUGCUGGCACUGGCAAGGAAAGGCCCAACGAGCGUCCUUCAGUUUUUCCUAAUCUCUCCAGUAUCCCUAGUUGCACCAUUUCUCCCCAGAACCAUGGCCUCUUCCGUCUGGUCUCUCCUCAUCCACAUACCGUGCCGAAAGGGCCCAGCUGGGCCAGAGUUCUCAGGCAGCCAUCUCCCCGGCCCUCACAGCCUUUUGCUGUUCAGAAUAGAUGUUUUUCUCUCCCGGCUCCUGCAAUCAUUCCUCAUUGCUUGUGGCGAAGACUCCUAGCUUUGUUAUAAACAUGUGAUUUUGUAUUUUUAUUUGAAAACUUUUUUUUUAACCAUCAUUGCCAGACAGAUGCAUAUAAGUCUGUUUACUCUAUGCAUGUUUCUGAGGAGAGUGGGAAGUGGAUGGGACACCCCAUCCUUGCCAGAUAAAAGGGAGGUCUUGUGAGGGUACGGUUGUGUCUGGUGAGAAUGUGUCAUGAGUUUUGUUUUUGCCAAACUCACUCCUUUUUUAGAAAAAGGCCAAAAAAAUCACUGGUUCCCUCUUCCAUGCAAGAAGAAAGCCAGUUCCCUGCCAGGGACUGGGAUCCUUGUAGUUGUCGGAAUGUGCCUUAAACCUGAAUGUCUUUAGCCAAAAGCUGUUUCCAAAUUAAAGUCAGCCAGCUCUGGAACAUUCUGGAAAUGUC